GCAGCCCAUGUUAGGAAAUGUUCUCCCUGGGGCAUUACCGCAGUCAGCUGGAAGGCAAGGAGUGUUGAACGCACACAGGAUUUGCCUCUGGGACGGAUCAUAAUAAUCAUCAUAUUAAAAAGCUUUCACCAACAUGGCUCAAGCUAAAAUACAGGCGAAAAUGAACGAGGCUAUGUGCAGCAAGUUCAGCAGGACGGUGUCCAUGGCAGAUCGCUCCGGACAACUCCUGGAAAGUUUGGAUCAGCUGGAAAUGAGGGUGGAGGCUUUACGCGAAGCAGCAUCGGCCAUGGAGCAGGAAAGGGAGCUGAUCCUGGAAACGAUCCAAUCCAUCCAGAACGGACAGGAACUGAGAAACGUCUCUCCUGGUGAUACACGACUUUGCUGGGAGAGAGAAGAGUUGUCAUUAACUGCAAACCAUCUGAUGGGCCGGACGCUGUGUGUGGAGGUCUCUGUUGGCACCAUCAGAAACUCCCAGCAGGAGGAGGCUCUGCGCAAGGCCACAUCUUUAAUUGAUGAAAUAGUGAAGAAGUUGCUUGAUGACAUGAACAGCGGGCGUCAGCUGCUGCUGGCCCUGUACGCUGCCUGUGUGACCGAGGCCCCGCCCGUCCCCAUCGACCAGAAGUUUCAGGCCAUAGUGAUCAGCUGUGCUCUGGAAGACCAGAAGAAGAUCAAGCGGAGGCUGGAGACUUUGGUGAGGAACGUUGACAAUGCUGAAAAGAACAUCAAGAUUAUGGAUCACCAAAAACUUGAGGACCCACAAGCCAAUGGCUGUCAAUAACACCAGUCACCAGAACAAAAUGGUUCUUUUAUGCCACUAACCUCACCAAGAACUGUUAUUAUCUUUUACUAAUGUUCUACGUGUAGCAGUAAGACCAGUACAUUGGGAAAAUGAUAAUGAUACUGAACAUUAUGGCCAAAAUACAGUAAAGCACAACUCUGAGGGAAGUGUUACCUUCAACUUAAAGCUGUUAACACUGAACUUCUUCAUAUGGAUUAUUCAGUGUGUAUUCACAAUUCACAAUGUGUGUUCACAUAUGCACUUACUUAAGACAAAAUGGCAUAAAGCACCAUUAGAGGUAUGGCUUUACAGUUUAUAGUAAGAACCACAUGCAUGUCAAUGAGUCUAACGUUAAAGUGUUUUGUGUUUCAUUGUAUCACCUUGGUAUCUGUUUUGGUUGUGUGUAAACCACCUCUGUGUGAAAGCAACACCAAUCACAUUUAGCUGUGGGUUUUAGUUCACAUUUGCACAAAGUAUUUGGGAUGUCAGAUUAUAUGUCAAAAACAGAAUAAAAAAAUUCACCUCUAAAA